AUGUGCGCGGAGCCAGCUGAGCGGAAGGCGGAAGAGUCAGCCAACACGCCACCUGCUACCGUACACCAGAAGACGCUGGCAGCGGACCUGGGCGCGCUUCUUCAGUCUGGACAUUCCGCUGACGUCACCAUAACGGUGGGGGACAGCACGCUGAGGGCGCACAGGGCUAUCCUGGUGGCCAGGAGUCCCGUGUUCGCGGCCAUGAUGGCCCUCGACUGCCUGGAAUCCAGCAGUGGCCACAUUUCCAUCACCGACAUCGAGCCGGAGGUGCUGAGCCAGCUGCUGGUGUUCUUGUACACGAACGAGGCUCAGUUGGACCCCCGACUGGUCCUGAAACUCCUAGUAGCCGCCGACAAGUACCAGGUGCACACUUUGAAGGAACAGUGCGAGUACGUAGUCUCCCGGAGCCUGCGCGUGGAGAAUGCGGUGGCGUGUGCGGUGCUCGCCAUACAGCACUCCUGCUCGUGUCUCACGGAAUCCUCUGCGCGCUUCAUUGCGGCCCACCUCAAGCAGGUGAUGGCCACCGAGGGGUGGGCCACGGCUGUGCGGAGGCACCCGGAGCGCAUGGUGGAGGUCAGUCGCCUGGUUGCCGCAGUUUCCUCAGAUACCAGGUUCCUGCCUUGACAACUCCAUCUUCACAACAUUUCUAAUUCCAAACUUUUCGCCAGAACCUGUUUUACUGGCUGUCUAAUAAAAUUCCCAGGGCUGCAAUGUGAACCAGUUCCAGACGUACAGCUGAGCGUUGUCGUCCGAGGUGAAUCAUUUGCCCCUCAGAACCUUCUUAAGGAGACCAAAAAUGGCGUGAUCACAGGGAGAGAGGUGGGACUGCAUGGAGGGUGGCCGAGAGCCUCCCAUUUGAAUUUCUGCAGGAGUGCCAUGAGUGUGUUAGCCGUAUGAGGCUCUGCAUUGUCGUGGAGCAUAAUGACCCCGCGGGUGACGCUGCCUGGUCGUUUCGAUUUGAUCGCUUGCCGAAUGGUGGUCGAGUAAUGCUGGGCAUUAGCUGAUGUCCCAUGCUGCAGGAAGUGAAUCGGAAGGGGGCCAUCCUGCUCAAAGAAAAACGUGAGCCUAGGGGCAAAUGAUUCACCUCAGACGACGACGUCCAGCUGUACGUGAGGAACUGGUUAACACCGCAGCCCCGGGAAUUUUAUGAGACAGCCAUUCACAGUCACAGUGGGACAAGUGUCUCAAGAGCCAGGGUCAAUACUUCUAACAUACAGAUAGUGGUUUCUGUAAUCACGCCUCCGGCUCGUUUCUUUUCGAAUGCCACUUAUACUUUGGAAGUUUCUCGUCUGCAGCUCAUUGGGAAGUAAGUAUAAGACAGACAAGAAAGCGACCUAAUAAAAACGUGUUAAAAAAGAGAAAAAGAUCUUCACAGGUCUCGAGGAGGGGGAGUGGGUGUGGUUCGAUCCACACAUCGUCCCCCAUGCCUACACCCCUGUACACACAGUACCAACAGUGUGGUCACUCAUUCCAUGUCUGCCACUUCCUGCUUUGUCAUGAACUCUGCCAGUAUAAUUUUUGGUGGAUGUACGCGAAGUUGGAAUACUUUGAGAGAAAAAAAUAAAAACCCUUAUUAUGUCCAAAGUUUUCAAAGUAAAGUAACUUA